UUGGCAGGCUACUCGCCCAACCAGCAGCUCUUCCCGCCCUUUACUUGUAGGCGGGAUUUCCGCUUGGCGGUCGCCUUGUUGCCGGAAAUCUGAGUAACAUCACUUCCGGAGAGUGGAGCCAGUUGCUAGGCUGCUAGUCGGACCUUUGUAGUUUCCGGUCUAGUCGUGUGUGCGCGGGAGUCUCUUCCGGGUUUGGGGGCACCAUGAGCACUAUGUUCGCCGAUACUGUCCUCAUCGUCUUCAUCUCGGUGUGCACGGCGCUGCUGGCCGAGGGUAUAACAUGGGUGCUGGUUUACAGAACAGAGAAAUACAAGAGACUGAAAGCUGAAGUGGAAAAACAAAGCAAAAAAUUGGAAAAGAAGAAGGAAACGAUAACUGAAUCAGCAGGCCGACAGCAAAAAAAGAAAAUAGAGAGGCAAGAAGAGAAGCUGAAGAACAACAACAGGGACCUGUCGAUGGUUCGAAUGAAGUCCAUGUUUGCAAUUGGCUUUUGCUUUACUGCCCUCAUGGGCAUGUUCAACUCCAUAUUUGACGGCCGAGUGGUGGCAAAACUUCCUUUUAUCCCCCUCUCCUAUAUCCAGGGCCUGUCCCAUCGCAACCUGCUGGGGGAGGAUUACACUGACUGCUCCUUCAUCUUCCUCUACAUUCUCUGCACCAUGUCUAUCCGACAGAAUAUUCAGAAGAUGCUUGGCCUGGCUCCUUCGCGGGCUGCCACUAAGCAGGCAGGGGGCUUCCUUGGUCCCCCUCCUCAAGCUGGGAAAUUCUCUUGAAGUAUAGUCAUGCAUCUUCCACAGCAGCUCCCAUUGAUGUCAAUAUCAAAGACAGAUUGCCCUCGGUUUGUAACAAGAUCGGAUUCCACAGUAGGCUUUCUAUUAAUUUGAAGCAGCCUUUGGGAUGGGUACUGCCUUCACGGAAGCAUCUUUGUAUUGGGCGUGUUCUACAAGCAGCCUGUCACGAUUGAAGCAAAGUUCUUGGCAGAUAACGUGAGAUGUGUUUUGUGUGUCUGUGUAAUAAACGUUUAAGCCCCUUGCAUUUAAAAUGUAGUAACCUAAUCACAUUGCAGGGACAGUGGAAAGGUCUUGCUUUAUAGAACUACUGUAAGGAUAAUAAAACCUUAUUUGGAGCCAUGAUAGGGAACCUGAAUCAGGUGACAAGGAUCUGUAAAAUAAACAGAUUUUGGAAAGUCUUGCACCAUCAUGCUGUAGUACUGAUUGUGUCCCAGUUCUCUUAGACAAACUGGCUAAAUACCUCUGUGUAUUAGGAACCCAUCUAUAGGGAAACUAGGUAUGUUCAGUGCCAUUCUAUGAAUGGGAGGAAAAAUACAUCUAAAGCUGGAGUUUGUUUCCUCAUUAGUGCAGUACCCAGGCCACCGUGCCAUGCUGCAGUUAGAGGUUGUUGGUGCUAUGCUUCUGAACAUUCCCCCUCUCCUCCCAAGGAGCUCAUCUUGGCAGUGGUUUAUGUAGCAUUACGGUGCCCACAUUUUAGCUGUCUGCUUAGCUGGAAUCUGUUCAAUUGCAGUCAUACUUUAAACAAACCUGGCCUUUAGUCUUACCUUGAUUAAACAGUUACAUAAUCUCUUGUUUGUUGUAUGCCAAUGAUACCAUCUGCAACUACCCUUUACUACCUAAGGGUUACAAUGUACAUACACAGCGUGUACCGGACAUAGAAUGCUGCUGUGCUAUUCACUGUAUUUCUAAAGCUGAGUGAUCGGUUUGCAUGUCUUAAAGGCUCAAAACUUGUUACCACUCA